CAGCAGAGCGACGCAGCGGCCGCAGAGAUGGGCAGUGAGCCUGCGGGGGCGCCUCGGGGAGACCGCAGCGGGGACCCAGCCUUGACUCUCAGCUGCGGCGGGGGCGCGUGAGCGCGGCGCACCGAGCGAGCUGCUGGCCACUGCUAGGGGUGCCCUGAGGGGCUAGCGGCCCGUGUGGCCCGCAUCCAGAAGCCUGGACUCUGUGACCCGGUCCUGAACAUCUCGGGGGUCAAAGCGCAUCUUUGGAGGCCGCCCGGGGCCCUGCGCUGCGCUCACCGAGCCCCGGGUCGCUCCCUGAAUGGCCGAGCUGGCCCCUCGCCGGCCGCCUGGGCGCCGCAGCGGCUGAGGUCGCUGGGAUAGCCCGGUCGCCGCCCCCACCGCCGGCCCCUGCAUGCCCGGCGCCCGCGUCGCAGCCCACCUGGACGCUCUGGGUCCCCUAGUCUCCUACGGGCAGCCUCCGCUGCUGCCCUCUAUGUUCUACGUGGGCCUGUUCUUCGUCAAUGUGCUGAUACUCUACUACGCCUUCCUCAUGGAAUACAUCGUUCUCAACGUGGGCCUCGUCUUCCUGCCCGAGGACUUGGACCAGGCGCUGGUGGACCUCGGCGUACUCUCCGACCCAGGCUCUGGUCUUUAUGAUGCCGAUUCGGAGCUCGACGUCUUCGAUGGAUAUUUGGAGUAA